UUUGAAAGAAAGCGAAGAACAGCGUGCGCGUGGCGUCAUCACGUCGGUGACGUCGCGUUGUUUUGCAAGCACAGUACGUGACAGGGAGGCGUUGAGACCGAAUCCACAGGCCUUCUGCAACAACCGACGGGAAGAGACACACUUUCACAUCUUAUGGUUAUUCCUGUGAUUUACUAAAGCAUCAGAAAAAUGAACGUGUUUGAUCGCAGCAUAAACUUUGACGCUCUCUUCAAGUUCUCUCAAAUCUCUCGCUCGACUCAGCAGCACCUGAAGAAUGUCUACGCCAGUCUGGCAGUGUGUAUGCUGGUGGCAACCGCCGGCUCCUACAUCUAUGUCAUCACAAGACUGUUUCCGGGUGGGCUCACCAUGCUUGGGUCACUGGCUAUGAUGGGUUGGCUCGCCAUGACCCCUCACAGCCCUCAGACGGAGAAGAAGAGGUUGGCCAUCCUGGCUGCUUUUGCUUUCUUCACAGGUCUUGGACUCGGCCCGCUUAUGGACUAUGUCAUCAGUAUUAACCCAAGUAUCAUCGUGACUGCCUUCCUGGGCACCUCUGUCAUCUUCGGCUGCUUCACGUUGAGUGCGCUCUAUGCCCAGCGCAGAAGUUAUCUCUUCUUGGGAGGCACUCUGAUGUCUGGCCUGACUGUUCUUCUGGUCGUCUCCUUCCUCAACAUGUUCUUUGCCUCAGAGAUGGUCUUUAAGGCUCAUGUGUAUCUGGGUCUGGCCAUCAUGUGUGGCUUUGUGCUGUUUGACACUCAGCUUAUUAUUGAGAAGGCAGAAAUGGGAGACAAAGAUUACAUCUGGCAUUGUGUCGACCUCUUCCUGGACUUUGUGACCAUCUUCAGAAAGCUUGUUAUCAUCCUUUCUAUGAAUGAGAAGGAAAAGAAGAAGGAGAAGAAGUAAUUUUCAAAAGAGUGAAAACAUCUGUGAGCUGAACAUGUCAGCAGCUUCAUUGUGAAUCUGAUUACAUAGUUUGAUUACAUUUUAUGUGAUUUGAUAUGGUGUCUUAACUUUAUUUUUGAAAAUUGUUACUGGGCUUUGAAUAUGUUGUCAGGAUAGUGACCUAAUGUUGUUUGACUGUAGAUUUUGAAGUCUUAUUUAAAGCUUAAGUUGAUCUUUAAUUUCUUUGACUUACUGCAGAAUUUAAAAGUCUGUAGAAAAGGAGUCUCAUAAAACAUUCGAAUUAGUAUCUGAUUUAAUAUUGUACAUAACAAUAGAAAGUUUGAGUGUAAUUGAGGUGUUACUGCUAGAUGACAGAAGACUUUCUCACCCCACGCUCUGAACAAUAUCAAAUCAUAUAUCAUAAAUACCUUAACAUGAUUGUGCUCCGCUAAACUGCUUUUUUGUGGUUAUUGCGUUAAUACUUCAUUGAUUUUUUUUUUUUUUUUUUUCUUCUUUGUUGCCAAUGUCAGACUAGAUUUUUGUAGCUGCUGUUAAUGCCAAAUUUAUUUAGAUUCAUGGCUACCAUUGUUAAUGCAUUUUUCAUUGAGUUCACAGAUGAGAUUUAUUUUAUUCAUGAAUAUUGUGCAUAUUGAUUAAGUCAAUAAAUGAUGCCACAGGUUGCAUUUGUGCUCAUGUGGCUACUGAUAUAUUAAA